AUGGAAACUUCUAGCGUUGAAACUGAUAUACAAAACCCUUUGAAAGGUUUACUUCCUAUAACGUUGCCAACGAGAGUAUCUGAGAAAUUCAAAGAAAAACUUAGGGCUUUGAAAGAUAUUCAAGGACAAACAACUCUAUUAAUUAAAAGUUCAAGUUUACCAAAGUUACCUAAUGAUAAAAAUAAUUCGACGAAUUAUUUCGAUGAUAACUCACGAAAAUUAGGUACAGAGAACAAUUUCAAUAUGAGAAGUGCUAGUUUUAAUGGUUCUCAUUUGUCCACAAAUUACGCUGACACAUAUUUUAGUCCCGAAACAAGAUUAAUGAUUAAUGAGCUAGAAAAACACGGCGAGGAAUUGGCAAAGGCUCAGGAUCAAAUAAAUAUGUUUUUACCAAGAGACGUAAUUAAUAAGUUGAAAAAAGAUAAGAGUUCUUUAAAUAAACAAAAGAUUGCUGAGGAAGAUGAAGAGUUUGAAUCAGAUGCUACUUCCGAUUAUUCUGAUGAUGAGGAAGAGGAUGUUCAAGGAAAGGUUUUAACUAAAGAACCAGAUUCUAUGUUAUUAAAUGAUCAAAAUAAGAUUGUUGAUGAUGAUCCGGAGAAAGCUUGGAAAGAUUUUGAUUGGAAUUCAAAUAUCGAUGUGACCACUAUGAAGUCACAAUCUUUAAGAAAUUCUUAUAGAGCCUCGGGUAGUUUCAUUAGAAAUUCUUAUAAUACAACAUUUAAAAAUGCUUCUUUGCAACAACUUUCUAGAUCAAAUUGUAAAAAUAUUAAUAUCCAACAAUGGAAAGAACAUCAAGUUAAUUAUAAUAGUAGAAAAAUUUAUAAUCCUUCGAUUAGUAAUAAAAGUGAUUCUAGUAUUAGCGGUACUAACGGUAUCUUGAUUAAACAAGUUAAUCAUGUAAAAAAAGAUUAUUUUGAACCUGGAAUUGAAGAAUUUAAGCAACAAAAUGGAGAACACGUGUCCUCUUCAUCUCGGGAAGGAAGUGUUGAUUCACUAUUAACCGGUGAUGCAUUACCAGAUAAAAUGUUAACUCGAAUAGUCAAGUUAGAAUUUGAACCACGAUCACCAAAUUCUAAAGCAAAAACUUCAAUAAAAUUAACUAUUCAUUCAGUUACUCAUCACACAAAACCAAAUUCAUCUUAUCAUGAACUAUUAAAAAAAUUAUUUUUAUUUCCUUUUGAUUAUCAUUCUUUUGUAUUUAAUACUUUGAAAAUUGACAUUUACGAACAUGCAAAUUUUUCGUAUGCGAAGAAAAGAUUAGGAAGAGCAUUUAUUAGAUUAAUUAAUUUGAAAGAAUCUAUAAUAAAUAGGAAGGACUUUGAAGGAACUUUUCCAUUGGAACUUAAUGUGAAUGGUCAUAAAACUGGGUCGAUACAAAUUGCAAUAAAAUUCCAUUUUCCAAGUGAUCCACCACUUCUUACUCCAAAAACGCCGAAGCCAGUUCGUUCAAAGACCGUGCCAUCUUUCUUUCCAAACAUCAAUGCAGAAAAAAGUAGACAAAUAAUGCCUCCAUCAGUAACAAAUAUAAAGAGAAAUGUUGAUGAAGAAGUAUCUACCGAGAUAUCAGACGUUGAAGAUGGAGAAUUUGCAAUAACCUAUCCUGAAAAUAAGCCUUUAGGUAUACUUGAUAUGGUAUUAGGUCAGGAGACAAGAGAUGCCAUUAAAGAGAUUACGGUGUUGUACCACGCUUUUUUUGAUAAUGGGUGGAGGUUGAGUAAAUUGGAAUUUUUAAAAGCUUAUAUGUUAUUGGAGAAAUAUUAUGUUCAAAAACCAAACCCCGUUACAGGAAUUUUAUGUCAUGAUCUAGAAAGAAUUCAAACAGCUCAAAAAUAUUUGAAAUAUUCUAUGGCUUCAUAUGGAUCUUUCUUGUUCAAUUGGUUCGGGUAUGGUCAUAGCAAAGCUCAUUUAAAUGCAAUUAGAAUAAACUCGGACCGUAAGGCUGUACAAGAAUUCUUUUCCCUAGAAAAUGAAGAUAUUAUUUGUUGGGAGUAUGGUCAAAAAGCCGUAUCUGUUCCCAAUUAUAUGGUAAUUCAUGAUCCAGAUACAAAAUCUAUAAUCAUAUCUAUACGAGGAACAAUGAAUGUUACUGACGUGAUAACGGAUGCAUUAGCACAUCAUGAACCAUGGAAUGGAGGAUUCGUUCACAGAGGAGUACUACGUAGUGCAAAAUACCUUGUAAAGCAUUCAUUAAAAAAUAUUAGAGAAGCAGUAAAAAAAUUCGAGUCCAAAGCUAUACAAGUGAUUGGACAUUCGUUAGGUGCUUCAGUUUCAUCAAUUGUUACAUUGUUAUUAAGAGAACAAUGUCGUGAUUUAAUCACUCAAGGUAUUGAUAUACAUGCAUGGAAUUUUGCUACAGCACCUUGCUGUUCAUUGGAUUUAGCUUGUAAAGCCGAGACCGAAAAUUGUAUUGAUAAUUUUGUUAACGAGAAUGAUGUUAUACCAAGAUUGAGUUAUGGAAAUUUAAUGGAUUUUAAAGAGUUGGUAAAAUUUGCCGCUAGUGAAUUGAAAAAUGAGAAAUACAAAAAGUUAAGUUCAAAAGAUAAAUUGUCUAAAAUCUUGACAUCAAUUGAUGAUUAUCGAACCUGUUUAAAAUCAAAUUCUGCGGCACAAAAAUUAUAUAUACCUGGUACCAUAUAUUAUUUAUAUAAAGGAUUUUAUAGAACACACGUUAAUUCUUCAGUGGCAUAUUAUACAAAAGAUAUUGUAUGUGAAAAGUCUAAACCCGAUUUAUUUACAGAUAUAAGCUUACGUAGAAAUUGGUUAUUUCAUCAUUUUCCUGAUAGGUAUGAUAAAAAGUUUAAAGGUGUAACAAAAUCUAUAUUUAGAAAAUUGCACGGAAAAGAUCGUGAUGGUAGGAUAAGCGAUAAAUUAAUUAAAAAAUGGAAAAAAAUUCCUGAAACCGAGAUCGUUAUUGAAGAAGCUGGUAAAAUGGGAAAGUUGAUGCCAAGAACCGGCCAUAUUUAA